GAGAGAAGGAGAUGGCGUGGAUACAAAAGUAGUAACUCGAGGAGGGCGAACUCCUCUCGACGAUGUGUUGCCGUGUUGGAGGAAGAGGAAAAUGUGUGGCAGUUUGAGAGCCGCGGUGAACCGCAAAGGGCGGCAUUAAUACGCUGCAACGCGUGCGCGCCUCCAUCGCUCAGAAUGCAACGAGCCCUUUUAUUAUCCCUUUCUCCAGUUUAAUAUUAUUAUUUUCGAGGUAAUUGUGAGGAGGUGAGCAACAUGUGAGCGUUUUCAAGUGCUUGGCAAGGUGAAGAUUUUCCAGGAAAUGAAUACUUGGUUGACGUGCCUACUUCUGCUAUAAUAAUUCUCAAUCGAGGGUACUCAAUCGUUUGCGAAUGACAAAAAAGCGAAAGAAAAAAAACCGCACAGCGUACAUCGUUAGCUCGCAAUCGUGUUUUGAGCAUUAUCUUUAAAUGGAUCGUGACACUUCACAGCCGAUCGUCAAUGCUGUCCAUAAAUUUUAAGUUCACAGAAAAUCAUUGCAACAUCCUAUGUUGGUUGAAAAGUGAGACUGUAAUUGUGGUUUGCGAUCGUGUGUAAAUCAAUCAGAGAUCGUUCUCGUGAGAAACAAAAAAAAAAUAUUCAUGAAAACAGUGUCGACUGAUGCACACACUAAUCAACCUACUCCAUUGAACAAAGAUAAACGUAUUAGUCCAUCAAUUGUAAAGUGUUUGAGUGAGAGAGCGACUCAGAAUCGGGGAAUUGAAAAAUGAUUUAUCAGUCGACUCAUCAAUCCCCGACCAUGUCCUCUACCCGAAAAACAUCACCGAGGCCUCAACAUCGCAAGUUCCAAUCGACGGUUACCAAAUCAUCGGUGCUUUCCAGCUCAAAGGGGAAAAGAGAUAAUGACAGGCCAGCAGAACGUUGCCGGGGUAGAUGUCGGGUUCAAUGGAGUGAAAAACAUGUCAAAGAGGGUUUGAUCCUUGUUCAGGAAGCCCAACUCGCUCGAGUAGUUAAAACUGGACCUAUUACUGAGCACUAUGAAAUUGAUCCUAAACCAUUUGCCAGUGGUCAAUGGGCAAAAGUUUAUCGCUGCAGAUCGCGAUCAACAGGUACCCUCUAUGCUGCAAAAUAUUCAUCUCGAAAUCGAUUCAACACUGAUUGCAGUGCAGAAUUGCGACACGAAAUAGCAUUAUUAUCCCUGUGUUCCCAGUCGCCCAGAGUCAUUCGGCUCCAUGAUGUCUACGAAACUCCGAAAGAAAUAAUCCUUGUCAUGGAAUAUGCACCUGGUGGAGACCUGCAGACUUUGAUCGACGGUGACUUGGUGCCACUGGAAGGCGAUGUUGUUCAUUUCGUGAAGCAGCUCGGUGAGGGACUCGCCUACCUCCACCAGAGAAAUAUCGCUCAUUUGGACAUCAAGCCUCAGAAUCUUGUAAUGAUGGGCAGUUUUCCUGAGUGUGAUGUCAAGCUUUGUGACUUUGAGAUAUCAAGGGUAGUGCUCGAGGGAACUGAAGUCAGAGAGAUUCUAGGAACACCAGACUAUGUUGCCCCUGAAAUCCUCCACUACGAACCGAUAACUCUGGCUGCAGAUAUGUGGUCCCUCGGAGUAACAACUUAUGUCCUUCUCACUGGAUUUUCCCCAUUCGGUGGUGAAACAGAUCAAGAGACUUUCCAGAAUAUUUCUUUGGGAGAGGUCGAUUUUCCCGAGGAACUUUUCGAAGAUAUUUCAGCGCAGGCGAAAGACUUUGUCGCCAGGCUUCUCGUGCUUGACCCAAGUGCACGGAUGUCAGCGAAACAAUGCCUACGCCAUGAGUGGCUGCGAGGUGCCCCAACCCAAGCCUCUCCACAUCUGAGGAAGUACCUCUCCAAGUCCCGUGAGGUCCUUCUGGAACGCGUCGUCAGCCGCGAAAACUUACGGCGAGCAAUUCUUUUGAGCCAAGCAACCAGUCACGCAAAUUUGAGCGAACCUUCGGUGGACCCUAGAUUCGCCAGUCACCUCAGCCAGAGUGAAAUGUGCCUGAACCUAUCUCGAACAAGUAGCCGAGGUAGCUUGAUCAGCAGCGAGUGCUAUAUGAGUCCGGCAGACUCUCAAACCAGCCUCGCCUCCUCUCAAAAUAGUCUCGCAGUAAGUCAGAGCUAUCUCCUGAACAAGGAACAAACCCAAGGUCUUCUUAAUCAGGCACAGAGUCGAUCUCAAGCUAAUCUGAAUAAUGUAGCACGCAGGGGACUCCUUUCCAGAAUGCGCAGUCUCAAUCAAAUUCAAUCGCAGGCUUGCCUUCUAAACAGUGGAAAGACUGCUUUACAAAAAGAAUACAAUCCCCUGUUCGGGAGUAGAUCCCAGGAGAAGCUUUACGGAUUGAAAUGUCUCUCAAAGUCCCAAGGGGUUUUGGAUAUUUACCGAAGUCUUGAGUGCCUCCGGAACUCAAGAAAAAUAAAGAUGAAAAAUCAACGAUCAGUCACCGAAUAUCUUCCCUUCACCAAUAAACUCCGAUCUGACACAAUUUCCACAUCGACUGGAGCUAUUGAUGAUUGUGGAAAUUCGGAGAAAAUCCCUGAUGCUCCACAAUCAAAACAACAACUCCCAAUAAUUAGUCAUAAUGAUCAGCAUUCGAAGAAAUCAGAAUCGCCGGAAUGUGAAAACGAUGAGAUGUCGAAGGAACCUAACGAAAAAAUCAUUCAAGUUACUCUGAAGGACUUGACUUCCGAGGCAGAGGAGAAUCUUGACAGCCUGCAAUCAGUCGAGUCUGAUACAUUAACUGAGGACUCUGAUGAGACACCCAUUGAUAAGACAAGGCUAUCAGUAAAACAACCCUCCCAGCGGCAGCACUCGAACAUUUCCUCGCACUCUAACAAUUCGGUAAAUUCCGAUGAGAAAGAAGAACAGUCUGAUUUUGAAACCGACGAGCCGAAAUACUCCGUCGCUCAACUAGUGUCUGCCUUCAAUAAGCAUCAAGAAGUUGCCUCCAAGACCAGUUUAGAGGCGAUUAUGACAGAAAAAAGAGUGAACGAGGUGACGUUUCCAACAGGUCCGAAAGCUCUGAGACUCUUUAUUCCUGACAUCAAUAUCACGGAGCGUGGAAUGGUUGUUAGGAGAAAAACGAGUUACAAACCACGAAAGAAUUGGGAGGAGCUCAGGAAGCAGAACGAGAAGAACGAGGGGUUGAUUAAAGACUUUGACAACGACUCGGGUAAUGAAGAUAACGAGGAGUCUGGGAGUAAUGACAAAAGACCUGCAGACAAAAGUCCCUCAACGGUUUCAACGGUUGCCUUGACACAAGUCAAAGACGAAGAGCUCCACUGGACAUCGGCGGACUUCUCCACCAUUGACGACAAAUACAAACACUGCGUUAACGUCGCCAAGUCUGGCCAAAUCACUAGGGACUCUUAUAAGCCAGAUGAUAAAUCAAUCGAGAAAACUUCGAAACCAGCUACAAUCUCUCGAUUUCCAAAAUCCACUCAUCAGAAGGAACGACUUCCCAAUUAUAUUUAUCCAGAGAUGAUGGCCAUCCGUAGUGAGGAAGUAGAGGGCAAGUCCUUCGAAUUUCCAAGGCUCCAAAAGGAUGACGACAGCUCAGUGAAUCUCAAGGACAUACUCCAGAAGUCAGACAGUAGUCAAAUGGUGCAAAAGGAUAAUUUGGAGAAACUGAGGAAGAGAACAUCAAUAACAAAAAUUAUAGUAAAUGAUAAUUUACUUGGGGACAGUGACACAAAUAAUAAUGGAUUGAACAGAGCAAAGAGUGAGCCACCGGUGGUAAUAGUCACCCAAUGUCAAGAGGAACAAAGAGAAGAAGGAGUCAGACUGAGUCCCUCCUUGACUAGAUCGAGCUCUUCAUCUAGUGAGAGUACCUCUCCAACUCCGCCUGGUGUCCAAUCAGCUGGGCUUUCCUGGGACAAGGAGGGAAGGAAACCUGAGAGAAAGACCUCCACUACUUGCGAAUCCUCGAAGCUAUUAUCGGAAAAAUUGGAGAUGAGAAAAAUGACACCGGAGGAGCGAAGAAUGAGGGGAAAAGUCUGUACGGGCUCUUAUACACGUGCAAUGGAGAAAUUCACUAAAACCAGCGAGAGAAAAUCGAUCAACUCAAUGAAUACACAGAAUGAGAAAAUCCGGAGAAAGAGCACUCCAAAUAUGCCACCGAAUGGAUCCUGAGAUACAUUAUCAUUCAGCAUCGACAUCUCUCUCUCUCUCUCUCUCUCUCUCUCUCUCUCUCUCUCUCUCUCUCUUUCUUUCUUUCUUUCUUUCUUUAAACUUAAUUCUUAUUUCUUCAUUAAGACUGAGCCGAUACCAUAUGCGCUUUAUAUAUAUAUAUAUAUAUAUAUAUAUAUAUAAUUCGUUUGCUUUUUAUACUCAUGGCCCCCGUGGGACAAUCAGAUAAUCGAUGUCGCCGUGAUAUUUUCUGGAAAGCCUCGAUCUAGAUUCGUUUCAUUGAUUUAUUUCGUACGGUUUAUAAAACGUUUUAUGUCUCUAUCGUCGAAACUGGUUUUUGCGAGGAUUUUCAUCCCUCUGAACGGAAAACUGAUUAAACUUUGAGGAUUGAAUUUGUUCACAUUACGGUGAAUAGCGUUUUGCAUUUGUAUUGAUGAUUCCAUUGAAAUGGAUAAUGGAAAACUAAUGGAGCAUAUUGGACGUCUCUGCAAAACGUGGGAUGAAUUCUUUGUGCCGAUUAACGUGUCCUUGAAUAUGCUUCAUCACGUGUAAGGAAACGACAAGGUAAUCCUUUGCGGGACUAUUGAACACGUGUGUGCACAAUCAACUCAAUCUUUCCGCCAUCUGAAAAUGAUUAAUGAUCACUUCCACAUUGAGAACAGUGAAUUACAUUUUGCGGGUAAUUUUAUCAUUUUCUUUAUAUUCGUCGCAUAAUUUUACAGUUUUAUAGAGAGUUUUUGGUGGCAACAAAUGACAUGUUAUUUGUUUAAGUGGUUCAGUAAUACUAUAUGGUCUUAGAUUACAAUUAUGAGCAUCAUAAAGGGUGCGCAUUACACAAAAGUAUUCAAAUUCAUGAUUUACGGAUUAUUAUUUGAUGUUAUUUCUUUUCGGUUGACUAAUACAUUAACUUUGCGAAGAUUUUCUUCGAUUGUUUUGGGGGAAAAAUAGCGGCGCCCUGAAUGAUUUGCUAAUGAUUUCCCAUGGUUUUAUUCUGAUUUUUUUUUCUUACUAUCAAUUCAACAGUUUUCUGGUUAAUGCUAAAUCUGUAGUAAAUUAUUCAUUGGAUGCUAUUAUCCUGUAUUUUGUAGAUACGUUCAUUAACCAAACGCAGUAAUCUCUCACUAACAUUCACUUGAAUUCCCCUGAAUUACCAUGGCAAUUAUCCUUGGUAAUCAAUACAUAAGGUUACGUAUGUAAAUA